AAUUUAGCUUUUCAUUACAAAGAAAAGGAACAAAAAAAAAUUUUUGUUUAUUGCUAAAAUCAGGUGUAAGUUUGCCUAGAAAUAGUGGUCUGAUCAACCAAAUGGAAGGUGUUCCUGUAAAAAUUGUGGAAAAAUAUAAACCACCUCCUUGCUUAUACCAAUUGUCUCCAACAAUUAGCAAUAAAUUGCUUUUACCUUCAAACAUUUUCAACGAUUCUUCCUUUUUUGCCUACGACUUUCAAACGGAACGAAGGGCGCUGAAUAAAGUACAAGAAUGGAAAAGACUGCGUCAACAUGAAAAGGAUUUAAGGCAGGAGCGAAUGGAAAAACGUAAUCAACGCAAAGCUGAAGAGCGUGCAAAGCAAGUACUUGGCGCUGUAUCAUAUCCGAGUACAGAAGAUUUAUCAUCUUCGGGAAGCGAGGAUGAUGUUAGCAAUGUUUCACCAGCGUGCAUUGGAAAUGGGAAUUUAGUUAAUGCAAGCGACACUUUAAAUAGCUUCCAUAAUAUAUUACAACCCACAGUAUUAAGGUGUUUGAAUGCAAAUCAAUUUGAAACAGUGCAUGAUACGAAGCUAGGUAAUACAAUUAAUUAUAAGGAUUUCGAAGCAGACACGUCAUCCCCUUUCGAUAACAUUGAACUGAAAACAAUUAAUGAUCUGGAUAUACUCGCGCAGGUCCUGCACAAUACGCAAAUUGCGACAAAUAAUCAACCAAGCUUACAUGAACAAGAAAUUAAUUCAAUUAAUCCUUGUAACAGCAACAUUCCAACUAAGCAGCCUUAUUAUAAUCAAAAACCAAAUCAAACGCAUUCCUCAUUUCUCGAUGAUAGCUCUACAACUAAAAAUGUAAAUUCUACUUGUUCAAGUACAGACAAACGUUCUUUAAGGGAAAAUGAUCCUAAAUCAUUUUUGAAAACCGAUGUUGAUCGUAGAUCGAGAAGUGUUCCAGCUCUUGAAAGGAAUCUCAGCGGCAUUGAGUUAAAACGUUCUGGAAAUAGUACUUAUAACCUUCAAAAUUGCGUCACAACUCUAAAUAAUGGAACAAAUUUUAAUGGUACUUAUUUUAGUCAAUUAAGUGAUUCGAACAAACAGUUGGCGGAAAAAAUUAGCAACAUAGGAUUUCCAUUGGAACGUGUAGCUAGAACUAUUCUUUUGGUGGGAGUUGAUGACAGCAAGGUCAUUCAACAUUUACUUCUUUUUAGUGAGUUGGCAGGUAAUGGGUUUGAAGAAACGAAAGUUGUUGAGGCACUUUUACGGCACGAUAACAAUAAAGCAAAAGCUUUAAACGAUCUAACAACAUAGCAUAGGAUAUGGAUUCUUAUCAAAUAAAAUUAAUUCUUGUCUUUAGUAAAAAUGAAAACAUGAAAAUAAAAGGCAUAUGCAUUCAUGCAUACGUUAUUUAUACAAAAACCGUAGAACAUGCAGCCCAAGCGAAGAUAUUAACUUCAGUCUUUUACAAUCCGUACAAAAGUAAAGUUGAUUUUCCAAUUUUCAGUGGUUAUUU